CAUAUUUAUCAUUAUAAGUUUGGCCGUCUCCGGUCCGGAUACUUCAUAUUGACAUAUGCUUAGAAAAUACAUUUAUUCUUAUUCAUUAUUUUACAUCAAUUGUGUAAUGAUUAUUGUCUUAUACUUUUAUUCAUAGUGUUUAUUUCUGUAUGUUCAAGGGUAAUAUUUGUAUGGAGUUGCUCAUACUGAUACAUUCAACCAAGCACUUAUGUCAUUGUUCCCAACAAUUGGAUACAACACCAGUAGCCAUCCAGUGUAAGAGGAGGUCGAACAUUUUCAAUUGAGGUAUCGUUCCAAUUUUCAAUAUGCCUCCUAAAGGCAAACGAAACAGCCUUCUCACUGUGAGAAGUGGCAUCAUUAAAAAUCUAUCUUGGCUUUAUACUGAAUAUUUCAAUUUUAAAAUCAAUGAUGAAAAUGAUUUUCAAAAACUACUAGCAGUCAAAACUAAAUUGCUCAACUUUGAGCAGCGUUAUGAAGAGAUAAGCCUGGAAUUUGAUUCAGAUGACAUUGAUGACAAUGAACAUCAAAUUGUCACAGAAAAAUUUUUAAUGUUAAUUGCUAAUGUAAAUACAAUUUUGAAAAAUUAUGAUUCACAGCAGCAAGUUGCUACAUUUCAAGCACCGGCAAUGGAACAUCAGUCACCAAACUCCUCUCCAGUUCCCAAAUCACCGGGGUCUGUAGAUCAUAAUAGUGUAAUCAACACAAAUCAAUCGCCAUCUGCUUCAGUGACUGCUAAUAAUGUCAAUUCUCUGCCUUUGCAACCCACUAUGCCUAUUUAUCAAGGUCUACAAUUACCAAUGGUACCGUUACCAGAAUUUUCAGGUUCCUUUGAUUCAUGGCUUGAAUUCCGUGAUACCUUUUCCAAUAUGGUUAUUGAAAACCAAACUUUGGCUCCAGCUACAAAGCUGUAUUAUUUGCGCAAAGCUCUCAGUGGUGAAGCCCUUGCACGCAUUCAGAAUAUUCCUCCAGGGAAUGGAAACUUUGAGCUUGCAUGGAAUCUGCUUACACAGAGGUACAAUAACCCCAGAUUAAUUGCAAGUACCCACAUUCAAGGUAUUGAAUCACCCCCAGCACUCAAGAAAAAUUGUUCCAAAUCUCUUAGAGCUUUCAUUGAUCACUGUAAAUGUCACAUUAAUGCUUUAGAAGCGCUCAAAUUGGAUGUUCAAAUUAAAGAUUUACUUUACAUGCAAAAAAUCACUUCUCAACUUGACUCUAAUAUCUUGCGCGAAUGGGAAAAACGCAUUGAAAUAAAUGAAAUCCCUACUAUGGAUAAACUGUGGGAAUUUCUUGAAAAUCAAUGUAAGGUAAUGGAUGCUAUUUCAUCUCAUAGCCCCUCAAAUCCACCAACUAAUCAAAAGGUUUUUACUCAAGCUACUUCAAAUGCACCCAAUGUUAGGCAAAAUACUCGUCCUUUUGCUCAAAAUAAUACUCUGAAUAAUUUUCAGCCAUCAGUAUCCUGUCAAUUUUGCAAUGAUCGAUCUCAUGGGAUUUUCAAAUGUGUCAAUUUUUCAAAGAUUCCCAUCAAUCAACGUUAUGAUGCAAUCAAAAGGAAAGGGUUGUGUUUCAAUUGCCUUAAUCCUUACACUGACAAUCACAACUGCUCUUCAAAGAGAUGCCAAAAAUGUGAUAAGCGACAUCACACUGUUCUACAUGAUUCCUUUACUAGCAAUUCAGGAGCUGAAGUCUCCAAUCAGUUGGAAACCUUCUGGAAGCUGGAAGAAGUCUCUUCAGUUAUUCCUGUCUCUCCUGAGUGUGCUAGGGUUGAAGCACACUACAAAGAAAAUACCAUCAGGCAUGAAGAUGGUCGUUUCCAAGUGUCCUUACCUCGCAAGGAUUCAUUUGCCACCCUUGGUCAUUCAAGGACUCAAGCUAUGAAACGUUUCCAUUCAUUGGAAAAAAGAUUUCUUAAAGAACCUGAGCUCAAACCUCAAUAUGUUGAAUUUAUGCAGGAAUAUGAAGAUUUAGGUCACAUGCACCCUGUACCGCCACCAGCCCCUGAGGAACAAGUCUAUUAUAUUCCACAUCACGCUGUCUUCAAGCCCGACUCCACUACAACCAAAACAAGAGUUGUGUUUGAUGCUAGCGCCAAAACAUCAACCGGAAUUUCUCUCAAUGAUGUUAUCUUCAAGGGUCCUGUUGUUCAGUCAGACCUUUUUGACAUUGUCCUACGAUUUCGUAUGCGACCAUUUGCUUUCAUCGCGGACAUAACUAAAAUGUACCGCCAAAUUCUUUUAGAUCCUUCUGAUCGUAAUUUGCAUCGUAUUUUUUGGAGAGAUGAUACUUCAAAACCUCUUCAAGAAUACCAAUUGGCCACAGUUACUUAUGGGACAGCUUGUGCAUCUUAUCUCAGCACUAGAACCUUGAAUUUACUUGCUGAACUUGAAUCAACACCUGAUUCUCCAUUGUAUCAUUCAAUUCAUCAAGAAUUUUAUGUUGAUGACCUAAUCUCUGGUGCAUCUACAUUGGAACAAGCCAUGGAAUUGUCACAUCAAUUGCUCACCACUUUGAAUAAAGGAUGUUUUGAAUUAAGGAAGUGGAUGUCCAAUUCCCCUGAGUUACUGAAUUCACUACCAUCCAAUUUGCUAGAAACUUCCAUUGUUAAACCAAUUUCAGAUCCUGAUAAUGGAAUAACCAAAGCUCUAGGUUUACUGUGGAAUUCCAAUUCUGAUAGUCUAUCCAUCUGUUCUAACAUUGAUAAAAUUUCUGAAAAGACUUCAUUCACAAAGCGUGAGUUUCUGUCAGUUAUUGCUUCAACUUUUGAUCCACUUGGAAUCAUUAGUCCCAUCAUAAUCCUUCCAAAAAUCUUAUUUCAAAAUUUAUGGCUUGCAAAAAUUGAUUGGGAUGAUAGUCUGCCCAAUGACAUGCUACUGAAGUGGUUGCAGAUCAUACAAGAACUAUCCAAAAUUUCAAGCAUUUCAAUACCACGUUGUGUAGUAUCAAAGGAUCAAUGUUCCAUAGUUGAACUUCAUGGUUUUUCUGAUUCUAGCGCUACUGCUUAUGGAGCUUGUGUGUAUGUACGCACCAUCCAAAAUAAUGUUGUUCAAACUCAUCUUCUUUGUGGAAAAUCACGUGUUGCACCUCUCAAGCCUGUCUCCAUUCCAAAUUUGGAACUUUGUGGUGCCUUAGUAUUAUCACGACUCAUUAACAAAGUUGUAAGUGCUUUGAAUUCUCUUGAUUUGACUAUUUCAGGUGUUUUUCUCUGGUCAGAUUCUCAAAUUGUCUGCAAGUGGUUGCAGUCUCCUCCUGACAGAAAGUCAAUUUUUGUUUCAUUGAGAGUAGGUGAAAUCCAAG